AUGUUGAUGUAAUCGGAGUGUCUCUCCUAUUAUUGACGUGACCGAAGUAGCUGCUUGAAAUGUCCCUCUCUCCUAAGAGCACAAGCACUCCAUUGAAGACAACCUCUUCUCUGGCUACAGAGAACUUAUCUGCGCCCGGUAUCCACAAGUCAGCCAGUGGAAUAGCAUGGUUGGAAACCAGUGAGAUCACGUCACACCAGGAGCCCAUAGCUCCACUCAAGAUACAGGAGUCUCAAGAUCUACUCGAUGAGUUUGCAGCCAAUGAUUCGAUAACGUCACAGCUGAUCGGAACUCGUGUGUCGUUCUCUUCCCCAUCUCAGAGCAGUUUAGUAGCUGCUGGUCGUGCCAUGGCGGUCCUCACCAGUGGAGGGGAUUCCCCCGGGAUGAACUCUGCACUCCGAGCGGUCGUACGUGUGGGUAUCUACUACAACAUGAAAUCGUAUGCAGUGUACGAAGGUUACCAAGGUUUAGUGGAGGGUGGCGAGAAGUUGAAGGAGAUCACUUGGAACGAUGUGUCAGGCAUCCAUUGCAUGGGAGGCACCAUUAUUGGGACGGCACGUUGUAAGGAGUUUCGGACAAAAGAAGGACGAUUGAAAGCCUGUGAGAAUUUGGUGAAAAGAGGCAUCAAUAAUCUGGUUGUGAUUGGAGGCGAUGGAAGUUUAACUGGAGCCAAUAUCUUCAAGGAGGAAUGGAAAGGUCAUAUCAAGAAGCUUCUGGAGGACAAGACCAUCACGGCUAAGCAAGCAGUUGCGUGCGGUUAUCUGAACAUUGUUGGUUUGGUUGGGUCCAUUGAUAACGACAUGUGUGGUACGGAUAUGACGAUAGGAGCGGACACUUGUCUACACCGGAUCAUGGAGGCUCUGGACUGUCUCACGAGCACAGCCGCUAGUCACCAGAGGAGCUUUGUGCUGGAGGUGAUGGGUCGUCACUGUGGCUACCUGGCUCAGAUGGCAGCCAUAGCUGGUGGUGCUGAUUGGGUGCUUAUCCCUGAGAAUCCCCCACAGCCAGGCUGGGAGGAAGUCAUGUGUCACAAGAUCGACUUCUGUCGUCAAAAUGGUCGUCGUCACAGUCUAGUGGUCAUGUCCGAGGGAGCAGUGGACUCUAAAAACAAACCAAUCACCUCAGCUGACGUCAAGAAGAUUCUGGAGACCAAGCUUGGCCACGACACGAGGAUCACUGUCCUAGGGCACGUUCAGAGGGGAGGAAAACCCUCUGCCUACGAUAGAAUCAUCUCUUGCAGGAUGGGAGCAGCUGCGGCCCUCGCACUCUUAGGCACCUCCAGUGAGAUACCCUCUAUGAUGAUUGGUGUCCAAGGCAACCAGAUCUUCCAGCUGCCCCUCAUGGAAUGUGUGAGACGCACACGAGCAAUUGACAAGGCUAUGAAGGAUUGUGUCUUCAAGCAAGCUCUAAAUAUUCGCGGAGAUAGUUUCCGACGAAGCAGAAAGAUCCUCAAGAGAUUGGAGUCAUGUGGUAGCUCAGAUGAUUCCAAUUGUGAGUCCCCCUCUUCCCCAACCUCCCACAAGUUCACAUUUGCCAUCAUGAACGUUGGAGCUCCAGCUGCCGGAAUGAACGGAUGUACGAGGGCCUUUGUUCGUCUUCUCCUCUUUCAAGGACACACUGUCCUGGGGAUCUCUGAGGGAUUUGUUGGAUUGCUAGGGGACAAAGUUCGCCCGAUGUGCUGGAAGGAGGUGGACGGAUGGGCAUCUCAGGGUGGAUCCAAAUUAGGCACUAAUCGAGAUAUUCCCGACGACAAGACUCUUCCAGAAAUUGCUGCCAAGUUUGGAGAGUACAAGAUCCAAGGGCUGCUUAUCAUUGGUGGUUUUGAGGCGUACAGCAGUUUGAUCAAGCUGGAGAAAACUCGCUCAGUGUACACAGCAUUUCGUAUUCCUCUGUGUGGAGUGGCUGCUACCAUUAGUAACAAUGUCCCGGGUACAGAGUUCAGUCUCGGCUGCGACACAUCCCUCAACGUCAUCGUCUCGGCAAUGGACGUCCUCCGACAAUCGGCGUACGCCAGUCGCAAAAGAGUGUUUGUGGUUGAGACCAUGGGUGGUUACUGUGGUUUCCUUGCCAACAUGGUGGCACUGGCUGGCGGAGCUGACGUUGCGUACAUCUUUGAAGAAAAGUUUACGAUUGCUACACUGCAGAACGACAUAUCUUGUCUAAUUGGAAAGUUUGUCGAUGGCCUUCAAAAUGGAAUUUUGAUUCGAAACGAGAAUUGCAGUGAGAAUUUCACGACCGACUUUCUGUGCAAGCUACUCGACGAGGAGAGCAAAGGAAUGUUCAUUACCCGCAGCCUUGUCCUCGGGCAUCUACAACAAGGGGAAGCCCCUAGUCCGUUUGACCGCAUUCUGGGCGUUAAGUAUGCCUCCCAUGCAGUGGAUUUCCUCAUCGAUGAAGCUAACAAGAACUUUGCCGGGAACAAAGUGCGAGCCACUAGCAAGGAGUCUGCUUGCAUGAUUGGACUUCAAGGGGUCAAAGUCCAGAGGGUCCCACUCCAAGAGCUUAUUUCAAAAACUGAUUUCAAAUAUCGAAUUCCAACGGACCAGUGGUGGAUGUCUCUACGCCAUCUGAUUGGUCUGCUUGCUAAGCACAAGGAACAUGCUUUCCUGGGUGAAGAAUUUCACAGGAAUUGAACAAACUUUCUAAUAAUAAUGAUUAGUGAACAAUGAUAAAUUAACAAUUUAAUUUGUAGCUUUAGUUAUUCAUGCAUGCUUUGUGUGUGUAUGCUUUGUGUACGCUUGAAACUUUUCAUUGCA